AACACAUGCACACCUGUUCAAAAUGAACACCUAUUUCAGCUAAACAAGAAGGCAGAGAAAGAGCAAGGUACUCUUCUUGACAAGUUUCGAGUGCCACAUCUGACUGCUACAGAGAAAGAUGGUUAUAAACGUACAUAUUACUCUUUUGGGACAGUUCAUGCAGUGGAGGGUAGCGAAUUUGAAGCAAAUGUCACUGACUUGAAUAAGUUCUGUGACGUCACACUCCGGAUAGGUGAUUCAGUCUCGAUUUUAAGGUUCUUCCUCACGGUUAUGCAGUUUCGAAGUGAAGACUUCGAUAAUGAAACUGAAUUUCGGGAGAUAGUUCGCAGGCUCUCUCCGAAAGUCCCAGUGCGAGUGCCUGCCAGGCGCGAUCCCAGAAGCAGAGAGAAACCGAGCGAAGAAUGUAAACCUCAUAAGGACCCCAAGGCUUAUGGAAGAUUGUUUUUUCACGCUGAUGAAGCCAAGAGAUCAGUGGUUCGUGGCAUUUCAAAUCUUCCCAUAUUACGUUCAUAG